AUAGAUGGCAGUAGUGCAACAAUAAUGGAUGCAAGCUGCCGUUAACAUCUAAAGAAGAAGAAGAAACUACAUCCGGUUCAACUUGCCCCAUACCUACAACUUCCACCUCACAGAGGUCAGAUUCCAGUCGGUUUGGAUCUUAAGAUAAGCUAACGGUAGCGUUAGCAGAGCAGCUAAAGGGAUGGCGGAGGUUCCCGGAACAUCCAGUGAGACGAUAACGGAGACUGUUCAGACCAAUACACCGCCGCCUCCACAGCAGGAAGGACGGAGUUUGACAAUCAAGCUGAGGAAGAGGAAGACUGAGAAGAAGGUGGAGUGGUCCAGUGACACAGUUGACAAUGAGCACCUGGGAAGACGAUCUUCUAAGUGUUGCUGUAUUUAUGAAAAGCCCAGACAGUUUGGGGAAUCAUCCUCUGAAAGUGAGGGAGACGAUGAUGACGAAGGGUGUGGAAGUGCUAACUGCAUCCUGGGCCACGGCAGGAAAGGACAUGAACAGAGGCCUGAUGAAGGAACCAGAGCGCCUCCAAGUGCUGGAGGGACACACAAACAUUAACGUGCAACACAAAGUGUGUUUGGGAAUGUUCCAUUUUACAAACUGCUCUGUUGUUUUAGUUUAGUUUCCUCUGAGAGCUACAGACAAACCUGAAGUCAGAAAGUUCCAGCUGCUGGAGCACAGCUUCAACCUCUUACUGCUGCUCUGCUCAAAAGCAGAGAGCAUCUUGAGUGGGAAGCCUUGUUACUGUUAAAUCAUCUUUCCCUCAGCAGCUCAAGUAGUUUGAAAUGAGCUACUCAUAAAAUGAGCAGCUCAGAGUAAAAUAAAAUGUUCGAUAAUGGAUUGUUUCUGUUUCUGUGUGAUUUCACUCUCAAAGAUGUUUUAACCAAUGUCAGCAGGAACUAAAGGCACAUAGCAAAAACUGUGGCUGCUGCAUUUUCACUGCAUGAAUAUAGUGCUAGAAUGUUUUUUCUCUUUUCAUUUCUUUUCUCAUUAGAUUCUCAAUCCAGUGCUUUGAAACACGCAUUGGCCUCAAAUGUUGUCGGCUGUGUGGAUAUAAAUUGAGAUGUAACCUUGUUAGUCUAGAAAACCUUUAUGUAAAGCAGUUGUUUUGACUGUAAGAUGUUAGAAAACAGAAAUUGUUCAAUUGUUGUUCAGCACAUUAGUGCAUUCAGUAAUUUACUUUUAGCCGAUUAAAUUGUUAUAAAACUGCAGUUGAGUGCAAAAAUGUUGUUUGUUCAGAGAUUUAGUAACAACUUUUAACACUUCUGAAACGUUAUUAUAAUAAGGUUCAUGCAGAUCUAAAAACUCACUUUGUCAUUUUAGCAAAAUAUUGAGCCAUGCUGCAUCUCUCCAGCAGCUCAUCGGACUUUCUGACUGUCAGGUGUCUGAAACAAACCGUGAUGUCACAUAGAUGGGCAGCAGGUUCUAUUAUACACUACUGAUGGCAUUGUGAUUCUAUUUGCUGGUCUCAGUUUAUGCUGUGUUUUUCUUGGGUUAAUACAUGCAAUCCAUUAUAUUUGGAUGUGGAUUUGCUUUACUAUCUUUCCACAAGUACGGGAAAUUUAACAGACUGGGCAUACAAAGAUCUAUAAUAUUGUGAGCAGUAUUUACCGUUUAGCUGACAAAACCAAUGAUAGAUUCUGUUGUCUCCACCUAACAUGAAAGCAUAUUAAACAUAAUUAAAAAGUACGUUUUUAAUCAUUUAUUUUUUAUUUUUGUUUUAGAAAGCACUUUAUAUUUACCUACACAUACAGUUAGUUUGUAUCUUCAGUUUAUUUAAGUUCAUAAGAUGACAAUGAGCAAAGUUGGCUUGUUUUCCUUCUCCUGGUCAAACCCGUCUGUAGUUUUCUCUCAACAUGUAAAUCUUAAGUAUUCACUGUUCCACAAGGCAUGAUCUAGUUUAACAAUAUUUACUUGAUUCAUUUCUUAUUAAAAUUGGAUUUUCUUGGACAGUUGUCAUAGCAGCAAGACCUUCUGACUCAAAUGAAUGUUGCUUUUUAUUCCCAUCCAACCACCGCACUGAAAAAACACUUCCAUUGGCAUCAAGCAACUCAUUGCAAGCUUCAAUUUUGAGCUGCAAUUGAAGAACUUUCAGAAAAUCAAAAUUAUGUUGGUAAAUUGGACUUAAUCAGACUGGAACACUGGCCUUCUCAUAACUGAUGACAAUCUAUUUUUUAGUUUUGCAAUAAUAAAUAAAAUUGCUUUUGGGAGAAAAAAAAUGAUUGAAAAUAUAUUUUUUCUCUUUGUAUGUAAGCAUAUAUUUCUGUGAUUAUAAACUGAUUAAAGCUACUGUUAAUUCAGUUUUACCGACUGCCAUAUAACCUCUGCUUACAGAGCUACCAGUUGCACACAUCAGUUUUUAGGAUUGUGUUUUAUUUUUUUAUGUAAAUCAGUUUUUAUUAAACAUAGCAUAUGCUUUGUAUUUAUGAAAUUCUGAAUUGUGAUAUGCAUUGAUCCAGAAAUAUCCAGGGAGUUUCUGAGCAGUUUUCAUUUUUUUUAGCCCUCGUGAUUGAUUUAUGUCUUGAUUUCAAUUCUCAACUGGUAGUCAUUAUAUUUCUAAUAAAGUUCAAAAGGGAUUUGAUUUGAGCUCCAGUGCUCAUGUUAGUUUCAGUUGGGUGCAGGAUGAUUAGUUGAAUACUUGGGGGUUUUUUAGGGACUUGCCGUCAGGGCUUUCACUUGUGAUUUUGACUCAGUUUGAUCAGAUGCGGUGUAUAUAUAGUGUGUAUGGCUCAUCUCUUUCAAAUAUAAAGAAUGUUUUAAAAUAGCAUGAAAAAGGGAGGUCUAACCUAAUGCGUUUAAACUAUGAAAAAUUCUAACUGAGUGUCAGUAAAUAGUCAUAAUUCAAUUCAUGUUGAAUUUGGAUUAAAUCUGAGAACUCAUUGUUUCCACCAGUUUAAUAGGAUUUAAUUGAGCAGCAAUUGGGAGGGGGAGCUUGGAUGUUUACAAAAAAUAUAAAAAAUGGGUGAUCAGGAAGUAUCUGUUGUGUUUGUUUCACUUCUUAAAUGACAAACUUGUAGGCUGCCAUCAGAGUAUUUCUCUACCACCAACAAGCAGUAGAGAAAUACUCUGCACCUCCAUAAACCUGAUAACAGGAGCCUGUGUUUUUAGUGCUGAUUUCUGAGUUUUAUUACUUUCACAGAUUUUGACAUUAAGAACAGAAGGAAAGGUCUGACUGCUUCUUUGUUUCUCUGCUGUGACGACUGUCAUGACUCACUAUCAUUUUUGUCUUUGCACAGUUUGAUGUGUGAGGAUAUGUCAGCUCAUUUAUAUCACUUUCUGUACCAUCUCUACAAACUGAUUCAGUACAUACGUCGUUCUUGUACUGGUAAUUCACCUUCCUGUAUAUAUUGUUAGUAUAAAGGAGGAGAUAUAAUGUGAAAUCAAGUUUUGAACUGUGAUUAAAGUUACAAUGUAUGUAUCAACAAGUUCCCUCUGGUAUCAUGACAUAAGUAAACCAUUUUCAACUUAUCCCAAAAUGGUGUGAAACAUGAUGAGCCACAAUAAAAUUGUUUCACUUCUC